AUGGAGUUUAUUGGGAUUGACAUUGGGAACUACAAGACGGUGAUCGCGUCCUCCAAGGACAAUGGAAAAGUAUACGGAGAUGAGCAGGGAAAGAGAUCCAUAAAGACCAUUAUGGAGCUCAGCACGCCGAUCCGCAGAUUUGGAAAUGGGGUGACCAAUGAUACGGAGAGUACUCUCGAGGUGAGAAGCAGGAGCUUUAGGGACUUUCUUUCUGACAAGAAGGGAUGGGGAGAUCUUGCAAUGUUUAUGAAGUAUCUUGACAGGGUUGUGAAAAAGAACACGCCUACACAUCCUCCAAUAUGCAUGACUGUUCCUGUGUAUUUCAAAGAAAAGGAAAGAAGAAUACUGAUGGACAUUGCAAGUGCCGUUGACUUUAAGCUCGAAGGACUGAUUGUAGAUGUAUCUGCGAUGGGAAUGUUUGGAUGCGUUAGGAGGGAGAGCAUGCCUAAUGAGUUCCUUUUGCUUGAUUUUGGGUUUUCCAAGACGACGGCAGGGCUCUUUAGCUUUGAAAAGAACGUAUUUAAGCCUCUAUAUGUGAAGGCUAUGAAGGUAGGAUCUAUGCAGUUCGAUGAAAAGUUGAUUGACAUUAUUGUUGAAAAGCAUUCCCUGGAGAGAAAUAAGCUGGUUCGGGAAAAGAUCAAGAGAAACCUUGAUAAGAUCAAAACAACCUUGAACUCUACAAGAAACUGCAGCAUCCAGCUUUUUAUUACCGAGAAUCCUUUGGAAGUUUCAGUUUCGCAGGAUGAGUAUAGGAAGGCGGUUGAAGCAUACCUAAAUGAGCUUAACGAAUUUGUCGAUUCUGUCAUUGAGGAGACGAAGUUUAGCGGAGUAACUGAGGUUAUUGGGGGAAACUCGAUCUCAUUUCUAAUCAAAGAGAUGUUGAAUGGAAAGUUUGAGUGCCAAGCCACGUUAGAUGUCUCUGAAUCAGCAGCUAUCGGAGCAGCACUUGGAAUGGCAUGCAGGUCCUUGAGGGCUAGAUACUUACUCCAUGACAUUGUCGGGAGGGAGGUCUCCAUAAGAAUUCAAGGAGAGGACGUAAAUCCGACAGUAAUAUUUAGUCCUACGGAACUAGUUGAAGGGAACCCAAAGAUAGUUACAUACAAUAGGAAGGGAAGCUUCACAAUAGAAAUUCUGGAGGAUGGCGAAGUUGUUUCAACUCUAGAGGUUGAAAAACCCGAGACUGACGAGGCGAAGGCGAUUCAUGUGUCUUUUUCUAUAGGAAAGUUUGGGACGAUCUGUGUGAAUUCAGUGGAAUGUGAGGAGACCAUAGACUACAGGUACAAGCCAUUUAAGAUGUCUGAGAUUGACAUUGAUGACAUCAAGGCACUAGAAGCGAAGUAUAGAAAUGAGGAACUGGGUCUCGAAAGAAUAGGAGGGAUGAGAAAUGAAUUAGAAACUAUGGCAGUCGGGCUUGGAGAUGUUUUGUACAACAAGUUUAACAAGAUAAUAACUGAAGAAGAGCUGAAUUCAGUCAAGGAAAUAGCUAUGGACCUAUUUGACAUGCCCCAAUCUGAAACGGUAGGGCAGGAAGAAGAAGUCAGGAAUGGUAUUCUAUCCAAACUUGAAUUUGUAUCUAAGAAGCUUGUUGAUUACAAGGAUAGCAUUAUUGAAGAUCUUGAGAAGCAUAGGGAUACGAUUAACGAGUUUAGAAAGGAACACUCGAAGGUCUUUACUCCCAGCAUCUACAAGCUUCAGGGACUCCUUUACAAGUUGGACGAGUUUAUCAAGAGCUUUGACCUGAAUUUGUUCAAUGUAGAAUCGUUUGAUGAAAACUUCAUAACAGAAGUCAGACGUGAUAUUCAGAAGUAUCUGGAAAAGGCUAAGGCUGAGGUUGAGGAAAAAAGAAAAGAGGCUGAAGAAAAGGAAAAAAAGGAGAGGGAUAGUAAAGAGAAAUCCGAAGAAGAUGUCAAGGGUGCGCCUUCAGACAAAGAAGAUGAUAAUGAAGAAUCCGAUGUUGCAAGUAUCGACGAAUAA